AUGAGGAAGCAGUUGGAUCCACGCAUCCCCACCCUCAUCCGCAACAAUGUGGCGCUCAACCAUCGGUCCUUCUUCGUGAUCGUCGGUGAUAAGGGCAAAGACCAGAUCGUCAAUCUCCACUUCUUGCUCUCUCAGUCCCGAGUUCAGUCCCGACCUAACGUGCUCUGGUGCUACAAGAAGGAUCUCGGCUUUACCACCCACCGCAAGAAGCGCGAGCAAAAGAUCAAGAAUGACAUCAAGCGUGGUGUCCGUGAAAAGGGCCAGGGCGACCCCUUCGAACUCUUUGUCAGCCUUACCGACAUUCGAUACUGCUACUACAAGGACACACCCAAGAUCCUCGGCCAGACGUACGGCAUGCUUAUCUUGCAAGACUUUGAGGCCGUCACGCCCAACAUGCUCGCACGAACCAUCGAGACCGUGGAAGGUGGCGGCGUCGUCAUCCUACUGCUCAAGACCAUGUCCAGCCUGCGACAGCUCUACUCUCUUGGCAUGGAUGUGCAUCGCAACUACAGAUCCAACGCCUCCGACGACGAUCCCGUCGCGCGUUUCAACGAACGCUUCCUUCUCUCUCUCGGUGCCAACCAGGACACAUUGCUGCUCGACGACGAGCUUAACGUGCUUCCACUUAGCAAGGGCAAAGAUAUCAAGCCCCUACCAGAGACCAGCACGGGCGCUGGCACAGGCGUAGGCUCCACAGUCCGCAAGGGCAAGGAGCGUGUCGAGGCGGAAGAGGAGCUCGCAGAGCUCAAGGAUCAGGUACGAGAAACAAAGGUCGUCGGCGAAGUGGUUCGACAUGCAAAGACGCUCGACCAAGCCAAAGCGGUCCUUACCAUCCUCGACAUCCUUUCGAGUUCGUCUCUCUCCACCACUGUCGCGCUCACUGCAGCUCGUGGCCGCGGAAAAUCCGCUGCUCUCGGUCUCUGCAUCGCCGCUGCCGUAGCACAUGGCUACAGCAACAUCUUUGUCACUUCGCCAAGUCCCGAAAACCUCAAGACGCUCUUCGAGUUCGUCUUCAAGGGUCUCGACGCACUCGGUUACGAGGAGGUCGCCGACUGGGAUCUGCAGAGAGGUACGGGAGAGUGGAAGGACGUUGUGGUGCGCGUCAACAUCUUCCGUGGUCAUCGUCAGACUAUCCAAUAUAUUCAGCCGCAAGAUCAUCAGGUGCUCGGUCAGGCCGAGCUCGUCGUCAUCGACGAAGCUGCCGCCAUCCCACUGCCGCUUGUGCGUAACCUUAUGGGUCCUUACCUGGUGUUUUUGUCUUCCACCAUCAACGGCUACGAGGGCACAGGGCGCAGUCUGUCGCUCAAGCUCAUCCAGCAGCUCCGCGACAGUGCCAGAGGUAUUGUGGAUGCUUCCAGCACGGACGAAGCUUCCGCCUCGUCCAGCAAAGCUUCGCGCAAGGAGGCCAAGGGCGGUCUCAACACGGGUCGUGCUGCCGGUGCUGCGCUCGCUACCAGAUCGCUCAAGGAAGUCGAGCUCAAGGAACCCAUCCGAUAUUCGCGCGGCGACAAGAUCGAGUCGUGGCUCCACCAGCUGCUCUGCCUCGAUGCAUCGCUCACUCGACUCUCAUCUGCGGCACUCAAAGCCAAGGGCUGCCCUCACCCGUCUUCCUGCGACCUUUAUAUGGUCAACCGCGAUGCGCUGUUCAGCUAUCAUCCUGCUUCCGAGAUGUUCUUGCAACGCAUGAUGGCGCUUUACGUGGCGAGUCACUACAAGAACUCGCCCAACGAUCUUCAGCUCAUGAGCGACGCUCCGGGCCACCGCCUCUUUGUCCUGCUGGCACCGCUCAAGGGCAACGAAGGCGGUCUCCCCGAACCUCUCUGCGUGGUUCAAGUCGCCUUGGAGGGCAACAUCAGUCGAGGUGCGGUGCUCAACAGUCUGAGCCGUGGCACGAGAGAAGCAGGCGAUCUCAUUCCUUGGCUUGUGGCUCAACAGUUCCAAGACGCCGACUUUGCCUCGCUCUCCGGUGCUCGCGUGGUGCGCAUUGCUGUUCAUCCCGACUACGCUCGCAUGGGAUACGGAGCGCGCGCUCUGCAAGCGCUCGAGGCGUUCUACAGCGGACAGUUGCUCGACGUCGACAACGUGCGAGAUGACCUCGACGAUGGCGAGACGUUUGCAGCUGUGCGCGACAAAAAGAUCUCCAAGGACGCUAGCCUGUUGCAGGGCGACGAGAUCCGGAUCCGCGAUGCGGCACGCAUGCCCGCUUUGCUGCAGAGGCUAUCGGAGCGUCGACCAGAACGGCUCGAUUGGCUUGGCGUGUCGUACGGCCUCACACCUCAGCUGUUCAAGUUUUGGAAAAAGGCCGGGUAUACACCGCUUUGGGUUCGACAGAUUCCCAACGACCUCACCGGCGAGUACACCACUGUCCAGCUCAAGUCGCUCGAUACAUCCACUUCGACCACAGGCUCGGCUUGGCUGGGCUCGCUCGCUGCCGACUUCCGCAAGCGUUUCAUCUCGCUGCUGUCGUACAAAUUCCGCGAGUUCUCCACCAUCACGGCGCUCACCGUGCUAGAGGCUGCAACACAGGGUGCUCGACUUGCCGAUGGCGACGACGACGUAUCAGUCCCUUCGUCUGCAUCAUCUCCGUUGGGUGCCACUGAAUUGCGCACGCUGCUGUCGCCCUUCGACAUGAAGCGUCUCGACUCGUACUCGAACAACAUGAUCGAGAUGUCGGUGGUGCUGGACCUACUUCCCACGCUGGGUGCGCUCUACUUCAACAAUAGGCUGCGGGCGGUGCGUGAAGACGAGGCGGCUGCGUCGGCGAUCGAUGCAGACGAGGAGGAGGAAGAGCUGCGUCUGUCCGGCUUGCAGUCUUCGCUGCUGUUGGCGAUCGGCCUGCAAAGGAAGACGCCGGAUGAGAUCAGCGCCGAGCUACGUCUGCCUCUUCAACAGGCCAUGGCGCUGUUUGUCAAGACGGUGCGUCUGCUCGUCAAGAGCAUCCGCAAAGUCGAGAAAAAGGACAUUGCUCAGUCGAUGCCCGAGCUCGGAUCCGGGUUCGACGCACGCGCUCCUCUGCGUAAGAAGGCAAAUGGCAGUGAUGCGGACGAAAAAGACGACUGGACCGCGCUAAAGGGCGAUCUGCAGUCCGAGUUGCGGGAUGCCGGACGCGAAUUUUUGGCCGGCAACAAGCAAGGAGAGGCGCGAGGCGAGCUGGACGACGAUGAAGAAGAUCUGGACGGCGACGAGGAAGAUGAUGAGGAAGAGUACGAGGAAGAGGAAGAAGAGAACGACGAGGAGCUUCUUGCAGCCAAGCAAAAGCUGAUUGACUCGAUGGAUCUGUCCAAAUAUGCGAUCAAGGAUGACGGAGCAGACGGCGCCAAUUGGAGUCAAGCGGAAGCCGAGGUGGCCAACAUGCUUCGCAAGAACGGUAGCGACGAUCUGAAGGGAUUCAACACCACCAUCUCGGUCCAAGGCACCAAGCGUGCGGCUGAUGAUAAGGCCGAGUCCAGUCCCAAGAAAGCGUCCGAGAAGAAAGGAGGAAAGAGCUCCAACUCCAAAAAGCAAAAGCGUCGUUGA